UUUCAACCCGUUUGAUGGGUGCUUAUUUCUGACAGGAACGUUAUCCGUCAGCUAACGUUAGCUAGCCUGGGAACUGGCUAACAUACUUUAGCUACGGUGGAUUCAUUUAACCCGGGAGACAUAGCUACGGGUAAUUCAUUCAUCACGUAACGUUAACACAUUUACGUGGUCGCUUUUCAUUAAAAACCCUUGACCUGCCGUUAGCCGCGGCUAACCGUUCUAACCGUUUGCUAUUAACGGUAACCCCACGAUAACAUUAACGCUAAAGCUAGCUGCUAGCUGAGCCUCGUCUCCAUUAAUUUUUCCUGUCGACAUUUUCUGUCCACUUGUUUAUGAUUUAGAUAUCCACGAAUGUCAAGCAUUGCACUACACAGUUAACAUUAUUUCAAAUUCCGUUUUGGUUUCUGUGUCAACAUAUAUUUCCGUGUUUUCCAUUCAUCUGACGCUACAACGCGUGUGUUAACGUUGCGGGUGACAUUUACAAUCGAGCAAUAUAUCGGCAGAUUUAAUCUCCGAAAUUAGCAUUUGUUUUAGCCGCAAAAACUGCGAAAUGCAGCUAGCUUGUGCGUUGUGUUAAUUCACGUUUUGUAGUUGGUUAACUGCUGACGUUUCUAAGUGUUGUCUUGAAAGCAGUGCUGCCACCUCACCAAAUACACCACCUGCCUGUGGGUGGUUGCGUUUAAAAAACAAUUUACAAAAACCUCUAUUUAUCAAAUAGGUCUGUUAAUAUUUCUUCCCCAGGCAUUUUAUUUAGGUGUGUAAUGUGAGAUAGUCCGACACUGAUACUGUCCCUUAGUUAUGGACGUUCAAAUUAGUCACUACCAAAACCCAAAUACUUUGAAUCAGUUUGAUAACUAUAAUGACAGCAGUACAUUUGAUCUCGUUUGCACACUUUUAUAUUAUGUUUACUGGCUAAAACUAAGGCAGUCAAACAAAGGUGUAUGUUUCCUGACUGUUCAGUUCUUGUUUAAGCUGUUUACACUGAGAGGUGUUUAAUUCAUGGUCCUUUUGUAGGCUGCAGUUUGAUGAGAUGUUGCUGUGUUAUGUAGACUACAUAUUUAAAACACUUACCAGUAAAAUACAUUACAGUGCAUCAGCACCACCAGCUACAGCUUACAAAAUUACCAGCAAAGAUUGAACAAAUUGCAGUUUACCAAACACGAAAAGCAUUUGGAUCCUCUUUUUCUACAUUUGUUGUACCUUCACCUAAAAGAAAAAACAAGCACUGUAAAGUGCUUUUUGACUUCUUCUUUCUAACUAUUACUCUGUAACCUCCAUCCAAAAAGCUUUGUUUUUCUGGCACUGCAUAAUAUGUAAACACAAAAGCCUGGCUGUCUGGGGUUGUCAUUGUCAUGUUUUAUGUUACACACAUAACAAGAAGGCUCAUCUUGAUGCAGUUUGUAACUUAAUACUUGAGAGUGUAACAUGAACCUUGUGUUGUCUGGUUGGCCAGAACCAACAGCCUUUCACCCAGUAGGCCCGUGUGUUUGGUUUGAUGGUGUUUACAAAAGGCUUAGCAGAUGGGACAGUGGGGAUGAGGCUUUUUUUGGAAGAGCCUCAUGCAUUAUGUUCAUCUAAGCAUUCGUUUAGAAGAUAAACCAGGCAGGCAGACGCUGGAAGACGGACCAGCGACAACCUCCUGUUGACAAAAACACGUUUGAAUUCAUCAUUGCGUGGACUACAGUCUCAUGAGCAUACCCAUUCCAUAUGUCAUGAAUAUCGAUACGAUUUAAAAUAGCACUGCUAAUUUAAGCAAGCUAUAUUUGAUAUAGACUAUUCCCCACAGAGAUUAUCCCUUUGGUAUUUACAGAACUUUCACCUGUUAAUUUUUGCGAUCACGUGUUUGGUGUGUCAAAAAGUUCAAGGGUAAUGAGCGACAGAACGGCAACAUGUUGAAGUCCAAUGCGUCCCAUUGGUUGGUCGACUCCUGCAGCCAAUCUAUCAUUUGAUUAAUCACGCAUAAUAACAAGCACACGCAGCAACGAUCACAUCGUACAUGUGACUGACUGUGCAAGAACGUCACGCUGCAGAGGACUGCAUGUUUCCCCCCCUGAGCUUGUACCCUUAUCAGGGAAAAACAUUGAGUAGCAGUUCACAGGAAUCCGCUAUCCCUUAUCAGCGUUACACCGCCGUCUUAAAGAGGCCGUCCUGUUGGCUGAGCCCUUUGUGUCCUGUCAGCUGACUGGAUCGAGCAGAUCCUGCAAAGAAUAGCCCAGAUGAAGGAUGGCAAAGUUUACGACAGCGUUGCGCAAUCGCCUCAGAUAGCGGUGUACUGGUAUUUACCCCUCGUGAGGCUUUGUUCCAACGUGAUUAGGUGGGCCACAUUUGAGAUCGGAUUCAGGAUGGCAGAAAUGCACCAUCAUCAUAAUCCGUGGGAGGAAAACAUCGGCCCUAGUGGAGUGUCCUGAGGCGGGUCAAGUAGAGCUAGUAAUCUACUAACGGUGAUGAAGAGACAGAGAUCCUGGGGGGACAGGGAGCUCCUGGGAGGCAACACAGACGACAACACAGAUGCCAGUGAACAGGAGGAGUCCUCUCUCAAGUUGUCUUGGUCCCUGGCAAACACCAUGAACUACGUGGGCCAGCUGGCAGGUCAGGUGCUGGUAACCGUGAAAGAACUGUACAAGGGCAUUAAUCAGGCCACGUUGUCGGGCUGUAUUGAUGUGGUGGUGGUCCGCCAGAGGGACGGCACCUACCAGUGCUCACCGUUCCAUGUGCGCUUUGGCAAGCUGGGUGUACUGCGCUCCAAGGAGAAAGUGAUCGACAUUGAAGUGAAUGGAGAGCCAGUAGAGCUGCACAUGAAGCUUGGUGACAACGGAGAGGCCUUUUUUGUCCAGGAGGCGGAGCAGCUUAAUAUUGUCCCCGCCCACCUGGCCACCUCGCCAAUCCCCACCGAGAGUCACCUGUUCUGGAUGUCCGAGGUUGAGCACAGGGCACUAAAAGAUCUGCAGGAUGACCCCGCCGACCCAGAGGACCCACCCGAGCCUCCUGCUCCGAGCACCAUGGCCACAAAAAAGAAGAAGAAACGGAGGAAGAAGCACAAAGGGGACCCCCGAAGAGAGGAGCUGACCCCGCCAAUGUCCGUCACUACUGGUAAUGCUAUUGCUGCUAACGCACCUGCUGCUACGACUGCUGCUAUGUCCAGCUCUGGGCAGAAUGAAGAGAUCUUUGAGAUGGACAUGACCUCUGAUGAGGAAGCUGCAGCAGCACAUGUCUCCAGGUCACCCUCCGUAGCCACAAUGCGGGACAUUGAUCCCAAAUUACCUGCAGCCAGACACAACCUUGAUGGAUAUCCACUGUCGGAUGGGGACUGGCUGUCUAAUGACAGUCAUGGCUUUUCUCAGGCCUUUUCCCCAAAGAGUGACUCUGAACUGAUGGUCAGGCCCUCAGAGAGUUUGCUCAGAGCCGAGUCCCACAUGCAGUGGACCUGGGGGGAGUUUCCAGAAACAACCAGGAUCACUAAAAAAGAGAAACAAGAGCUUAUAAAGACAGUGACCAUCACCCCGUCGGAGAGCACCCACUUCCGUGUAAUCCUCAGCUCUGAGGCCAUGGAGAACGAGCCUGAGAUUGAAAGGGGAAAUGGUGCCUCCUCCUCAGUGUGUACCAUCGUCAAGCCUGAGCCACGCACCCCUAUGACCACUGUAUCACCUGUGAUUCCUCUCGAAUCGGUCGACACCAUAACCUCUGGGAGCCCUCUGACCCCCACAGACCCCCUGGAUGUCCUGCCACCCAAUGUGGCAACCUCCACCCCUGUCAACAGCCAACAGAGCGACUCCCCCUCUAAGAAGAAAGGUGUCCCAAAGCGGAGCCAGCAUCAGGGUCCUGAGGAUAUCUACCUAGAUGACCUGAAUGUACUUGAACCUGAUGUUGCUGCAAGAUAUUUUCCUAAGAGUGAGUCUGAGGCAGCGACGAAGCACUGGAUGGACUCUGAGAUGCACUCUGGUUCACAGUCUCCACAGUCGGUGGGCAGUGCAGCAGCUGACAGCGGGACAGAGUGUCUUUCUGACUCAGCUAGUGACCUCCCCGACGUCACUCUUUCUCUGUGUGGAGGCCUCACAGAAAACGCUGAGAUAUCCAAAGGUAACCUAGAAUGGUCGGAUGUAUUUGGACAGAUCCUGCCACAGUUGGGGAAGGACUGGACCCACCAGGGCAUUGCCAAGCUCUACCACUCAGUAGCUGAGAACGGCUACAAGUUCCUGUACUGCUCGGCACGAGCUAUCGGCAUGGCGGACAUGACGAGAGGUUACCUGCAGUGGGUCAAUGACGGCGGCACCAUUCUACCCCGAGGACCUCUCAUGCUGUCUCCCAGCAGCCUCUUCUCUGCCUUCCACAGGGAGGUCAUUGAGAAGAAACCAGAGAUCUUCAAGAUUGAAUGCCUUACAGAUAUCAAGAACCUGUUCCAGCAUAACAAGCAGCCAUUCCACGCCGCCUUUGGGAAUCGAGCUAAUGAUGUGUUUGCCUACAAGGAGGUGGGAGUUCCAGUGUGUAGGAUCUUCACAGUCAACCCCAAGGGAGAGCUGAUCCAGGAGCAGACCAAGGGCAACAAGUCCUCGUACUGCCGGCUCAGUGAGCUGGUGGAGCACGUGUUCCCUCUGUUGAGUAAAGAACAGAACGAGGCCUUUGUCCUGCCGGAGUACAGCUCCUUCUGUUACUGGAGACAGCCCAUACCAGACGUCGACCCCGAGGAGCUGGUCUAAUCCAGCACGUAUGGACACCCAGGUGCUCGUAUACAUGCAGCUGGACUGUGCACUUGAAUGCGUCUCCAGGAAAGGCAUGGACUGAAACCCAAACUUUGCUAUAUAGUACUUAAACAUGCUCGCACAGUAAGAGGGUUAUGACCACAGACGCAAACCGUAAUUGCCCAUUAUCAAGAUGAGUGGAAGUUAUCUCCAGAACAGUAAAUCCUGAUGAAUAAUCCCUAGAGACUAAUCACCGACUAAAUGAUCAUCUUCCCUCAUGCCUGUGAAGGCAUCCCAACCCAACGAGCACGAUGUCGUCCCCAU